AGCUCGAGCAAUCACUCACUCAUCUCCGCAGUGCACAUUCCGAUCGGACGUACCAGCGCGAUCGUUUGAAUUUUGCACUCCACCAGCGAUGGCAUUCUCAGUUGCCGCAGUGAUAACAACUGUCUGUGUUCUCCUCGGAAUUUUUUACAUCUGGGCCAAGUGGAAAUUGUCGUAUUGGCAACGCCGAGGAGUUCCAACUCUCCCAACGAGUAUAUUCUUCGGAAAUUUCGCGGAUUCGAUAUUCCUCCGCAUAUCACCGGGAUAUCUCCUCGGUCAACUGUACAAUCAAGCCCCGUCAGAUGCGAAAUUCCUCGGGAUCUACAUCUUCCAGAAGCCAUUUCUCCUGCUGAGGGAUCCCCACCUCGUCAAGCAGAUAUUCAUAAAAGACUUUAACGUCUUCUCGAGCCGACACUUCGCUGUGAAGAAUGGGCGGGAUAAAAUUGGAACGCAGAAUUUGUUCUCUAUUGACAAUCCGCAGUGGCAGUAUUUGAGGAACAAACUGUCCCCCGCGUUUAGCUCUGGGAAAUUGAAGGCACUGUUCGGUCUCAUGCUGGAGUCAUCGGAAUCCUUGAAGACGCAUUUGGAAAAUCAAUUCAGGAUUGACUCGAGCGGGAAGAGGACCAUAGAAGUUAGGGACGCGAGCACCAGAUACACCACUGAUAUCAUUUCCUCGUUGGCGUUCGGGGUUCGCACUAAUUCGUUCGAGAAGUCAACGUCCGAAUUUUAUACACGAAGCCGUGAUUUUUUCAGCGACAAUCUCUUCUCAACGCUAGUGCUAUUCUGUUUGGCGUUCUUCCCACGUGUAGUCGAGCACUGUCUUCCCUCGACGUUCCUCGGAAAACAGACGUCAUAUUUUAAGAAUAUGUUCAACAGUUCAAUGCAGGCAAGGGCAGAGGCAAAGUCCGAGAGAGGAGACAUCAUGGAUACAUUAUUGAAAUUGAAGCAUGACAAAGAUGACGGACCUUUCAAAUUCGAAGACGACACCCUUAUGGCCCAAUCAGUUAUAUUUUUCGUCGCUGGAUUGGAGACUAGUGCGACAACGAUAUCAUUCGCAUUGUGGGAGCUGGCAAAAUCUCCGGAGAUUCAAGAGCGCGUGAGGGCGGAGAUCCUGGAGAAGCUCGAGGGUGGUGAGCUGACUUACGAAAAAGUUCAGCAAAUGAAAUACCUCACGCAAGUUAUCAACGAAACGUUGAGGCUGUAUCCCCCCGCUCCGAUUCUCGAUAGGGUUGCCGAGCAAGAUUACAGGAUACCAGACACUAAUGUGAUCAUUGAACGAGGAACUCCAGUGUACGUUGCGCUUCCUGGUGUACACAUGGACCCAGAAUACUUCCCGAAUCCCGAAAAAUUCGAUCCCGAUAGAUUCAACGAUGAGCACAAGAUCGAAGCAUGCACGUACAUGCCUUUCGGCGAGGGGCCUCGCACAUGCAUUGGCACGAGGAUUGGAAGCUUGCAGACUGCAGUUGGCUUGAUCAGAAUGCUACACAACUAUCGUUUCUCAGUGAAUCCAUCGUACGAAGCUAGAGUUACCAGACGUGGGAUCUUCAUCGCCCCGGAAAACGGUGUCCACUUGUAUUUCGAAAAACUCCAUAAUUCGUAAUGAUUACAAUAUUUGCGGCAUUGAAUAUUACACUGUUAUCCGGUAUCUGCUCAUUUGCGUAUUAACAUAUCUUGCAAAAUAACACUUGAAUUCAGUGCCAUAUUUGACGCUGAGUCAUCUUUAAUUGCACACUACAUUCCGCAUUAUGAAUACCAGCUGAUGAAGUACUCAAUGACUGAGCUUGUUUUCCUCAGCACUCCAUAAUCUCAAGUCCUUGAGACAACUCGUCGGGAAAUCAGAAUAAACCGAAAUGAUUGCUAUUGAUUUUCAGUGUCAAUUGAAUGAUUGAUAUUGAGUUGUGCGGAACGGAUGUCCCUUUGCAAGUUGAGUGACAAAAUCAAUUUGAAUUCUUUUCGGAGACACCGAAAAUUUGAUUUUUUGUCCUGAUCAUGCACUUUUGCAUCUUGAGAAUGAUAACGAUUUAUUCCAGACACUCAAAUUGAAUUUCAUCGUCAAUUCAAGUAGGAAAUUAUGAAUUUAAUCGCGAGUCUAAACUGGACGUUUCGUGAAUCCCGAUGUAAAAUAUAAAAAUAAAGCUGUGCCAUAUGUUUCUAAAAUAAUAAACGAAAAUAGUUUGGUUGUAUAAAAUACCAAUACUUUAUUCUCAAUCGACUAUGCGCAAAUCGUUAACGCACAUUGAUAUGUACAAAAGUGUUUGGGGUUCUACAUAUUACAAGUUUGUGGUUAUCAUUAAAAAAUAAUAAUAGUAUUAAAGUAUGCUACGUAAAAAAAAAUAGUUAUUGUGAUUCCAGUGGCUAAAAUCGUUUCUUCACGAUCAGACGAUAAUCGGGAAUCUUGUGAACAUUUUUUUGUGCGAGGUUUGAGGUAUAUCAGUGGUUCUAUUGCAUGGUUAACUGAUUGGUUUUUACAACAGCAGAGACUGAACGAAAGCACUUGUGACAGUAUGGUAUUCUCGAAUUUCAAAUAAAAGUUAACCAUUCAAGUUUGAUUCGACUAUGAGUGAGUGUAGUACGACUGAAGAAGGAGAAACUAAACGAAAUUUCAAAUCAAUAUUUAAUCUAGUUUUGAAGUGACGAAAAGUGAUGAAAAUUUGAAUAUUGUUUUGUAAAUAUCGUUGAAAUUGAGAGUUUUAAACGGAAAUUACACCUUUCAUUUCACCUUUUUCAUGGAACAAUGAACUUGUGACAUUUUUCUCUGAAGUCUUUUGUUCACUUCUCAUUUUUCUGAGGUUAAAGUCAUUUAUUUCAGCUAUAGUUUUCAAAUAAUUUCCAAAAAAACCAUAUUUUUAUGAUAAUAUCUAUAAAAAUGAGAGAUUUAGGCGGAAAUAUGAAGGGAUUUCUCUCUAAACUCAGCAAUUUCAAAGAUGUCAACCAAAUAACAAACCGAACUCAUCUCCUUCCACCACUCCUCCCAAAACUGACCAAACCAUAAAAAAAAUCAUUAAAAAAAAACAAAAAAACAAUCUCCUUUCGUACCGCAUCCUCAUUUUCAUAAAAAUUAUAAUAAAUGCAGAAUAAUUCAAUUUACAAACGCAGAAAAAAAAUACAAUUGAAAUCAGUAAAUGACAUAACACGUAAAUGCAUUGUUUCGCAUCUCUCCGGGCUGCUAAUCAAACAGGCAGUGCUCGAUCGGACAUCUCCAGAAUUCUUACAUUACUCGCGCCUAGAUUGUACUACAAUUUGGUUAUUGACAAUGUAAUCUAACUUAAAAAAAAAAUCAUCCACGAAUGCAGGGACACGCAGACGACGUAUUCCAUUGACUAAAAAAAAAAAUAAGAAAGCGUUCAACCCAGCAUUCCACUCUAUGUUACACUUUUUCUAGAAUUCGUCGUCUACAAUAUUUUUUUCUCAUUAAGUACUAACCAGUUUUUCCAGACAUUGGGCAAACGUUACGCUCAAUGAACCAAGAAACCCCUUCAGAUCUUGCCGGCAUAAUCACACCCCCAUUCACUCUCCGACAUUGUUCCUUACAUACUUAAAAAACGAGAAAAAGAAUUUUUCUUCCAAUAAGAACAUCUCUAUAUACUAUAAAUAUUUACAAAACGGCAACCUCCGAUUUUUCAACACGACAAAAGAAACUGAAUUUGUUCAUCUCUUUUCUUUACAAAAAUAUAAUAUAUAUUUAACGUGGAUGUGAACUGCCAACUUUCCACGGACUUUCUUCACAAAACAAGAAGUAAAAAAAAAUAAAUCCGCAGGCAAAUUUAAACUU